AUGGAAAUUACACCAGAAGAUAAAAACCAUCAAUCUUCUAUUAAUAACGCAAUAAACUAUUUCGAAUCUAACUUAAUAGAGAUGAAAUGUAAAAUUAUCUCAGACAUAUCAUUCAAAAAGAGAAAAUCUUCAACAUCAUCUCGCAGCGGAGUCAAUAAAGCGUUAUCAAAUAUUAGUAGAUCAAAUGACUUUAAAACUUCGAAGAAGGAUGAAUCCUUUUCUAGGAUUAUUUAUGAUCUAACGCAUAGUAGGGGAUCAUUUCCCGUCAAUAACAUUAACACAAAUUAUAGCCAAUCGGAAUCUCCAGAAUCCGUAACCAUUACAUCAAACUCACUUAACUCACCUUAUAAUCAUAUUAUCCAACAAUCUCACAAAAAGCUGUCAAAUAAAAGUCCAAUUACACUACUAAAAAAUACCAUUGGCAAAACCUCAGAUUAUUCUAUAUCAGAUACCUUGAGAUACUUUCAACAACCCACACUAAGCAAUUCAAAGAAAUUGUCUGGAAAUAAUGAGAAUUGCCACAAUAUGUUGCAUAAAGUUGUGGAAGAAUUCUGUAAGAGCGCAUGUGAUAAAACAUUCUUUUCCAAAUUCGUCAGCAUUUUCAACGAGAAAUUCAAACUCGCCAUCACAAAACGAGUCAUUGAGAUGGAGGAUUUGUGUUCUUCAAUCACGCAUAUUCUUAUGGAUACAACUAGUAAUAAUAGUGAUGCUAUUAUCGAUGAAAUUAAACACUUAGUUACCAAAUUAAUUAAUGGAAAACUAAGCUGUAUAAGCAAGUUGAUACAGUCUGGAUUUAUAGACAUACAAUUGCUUACCCUAAGCCUACUGGCACAUAGUUUAUCUCAAAGCAUUCAGUUUAAAUUCUCAAAGUUGCAGGAAAAUCGUCUCUUCAAGUCAAAAUCAAUACAAUUUUUUAAUGAAGCCCUAAUUAUUAAUGGAGAUUCAUUGCUACCUAAAGUAGAUGGUAUUAGCAAUUUCUUCAAUGAGAUUGAGAGAACUAAAAUUAUUUCUGAUGAAAACAUACAAAAAAUGUAUGAUAAACAACCGAUUACUGUACUUCUUAGUAGGAAUAAGUGGCAUUAUAGCAAAAAUCUGUUCUAUAACACAUGUAAAACGAUUCGACCACCAGCAGAGUGUAUUUUGAUUGAAAAAUACUUACAGAGAAGGAGUGAAGCUGCCAGUGUAUACAAUUAUGUUGAUGUUGAAUUUGAAAAAUUGGACACUUCCCUAACUAAAUUUACCAAAGUUCACAAUUAUGGAAUGAUCGAUAUCAGCUUCACUUUUCUAAUAAUAAACCCAAUCACACUGGGCACGCUUAUAAUACCUAACACUAUAAUACCCGUUUGA